UCCUUCCAGUUAAAUACCCAAAGCUAAGACCUUGUUCUUCGUUGGUCAAGCUACUCGAGGUUGGUCUGCCAGAGUGAUGGCGCUCCCUUUCCGGAAAGACUUGGACAAAUACAGGGAACUCGAUGAAGAUGAAAUUUUGGGCAAGUUGUCUGAAGAAGAACUGAAGCAACUGGAAACUGUCCUGGAUGACCUUGAUCCAGAGAACGCCCUGUUGCCAGCGGGAUUCCGGCAGAAGGACCAGACUUUGAAAAAACCCGGAGGGGCUUUUGAUCGAGAAAAGCUGCUGUCAUUUUUGGAGAAACAAGCUCUGGAGGAGAAAGAUGUCGAGGAGGUUGUGCCUUAUACAGGAGAAAAGAAAGCCAUCCUGGGAAUGAACAACUUGAUAAGUAGUUCCCAGUUCCAGGAUAUUGUGGGAAGCAGCAACGGUGUCGCCAAUGAAAGUUUCACAAAUGUAGUUAAAGGGGAAAAGGUAAUCCCGGUUUUUGAUGAACCACCAAACCCCACAAACGUGGAAGAGAGUUUGCAGAGGGUUAAAGAUAACGAUCCAAGCCUUGUUGAAGUAAACCUGAACAACAUCAAG